CCUUUGGUCUGACUCUCUCUGGGGCAUCAUAUGCGCCAGUGGGAGCUAGUCCCUUUAUGCGCUACAUGAGUGCGGACUAUCUAGUGUUGGCCAACCAGCAGAGUGCAUGGCAAGUCAGCGGCUCCCACUCCUGGGACUCCAUGCCCUUCCUUGGCUGGCCGGUCAAGAACCAGAAGGACUGCAGUGCGAGUUGGGCGUAUGCGGUGGUGGCGAGUGUGGAGGCAGCGUACGGCAUUGCGCUGAACAGUGAGGCGCCACGGCUGUCAGUGGACUCACUCUUUGCAGCCAUGGAGCUCACCUCCCUCACUGCCAAGUGCAUGGCAGGCGGCUCUCCUGCCGCGGCCUUUGACAGGCUUAUCACUCUGCCCAGUGGUGGACUCACAACAGACAGCAAGCCGGGAUUUGAGCGCACGCGGUUCAAGGGUUAUGUGGGGCUCAUGCUGGCAGUUCGGCGGCAGCCAGUGGUGGUUCACAUCGAAGCCUCUGCAGCCACGUUUGUACAAUAUGACGAGACCUUCAAGUACCAGGAUCCUGCCUGCUACACUGGCAACCUGGACCAUGCUGUACUCGUUGUUGGGUACCUCCUUUUCACAAAUAAUGACCGCCAAAGCCAAACUGCUCCACCGUUCUGGAUCAUCCGGAACUCGUGGGGAGUGGAGUGGGGAGACAGAGGCCACAUGCGCAUGGACAUUCAGGGAGGGGUUGGCGUGUGUGGCAUCAACAUGCUGCCUGGCAUUUACCCCAUUGUCAAGAGAUCCGUGCGGCCAGAAGAGCUACAAGGGCAAUGGGGAUCUGCAGCCCAGCAUGAACCCGCCAUUCCAUGCAACCAGAGUUUGCCGCAGGGCAAGGUGAUCAAGCUGGGAGGCACUCCCACCACCCCCUGCACUGCAUUCUUCUAUGCCCUCAAAGGCGACACCUGCUCCUCUAUCAGCGUCCAGCUGGGACUCGCAUCGACUUACCUUGCCUCUCUGAAUCCCGGCCUGGACUGCUUUGAGCCCAUCAAGGCGGGCCGCUCUCUUUGCAUCGAGCGCAACACCACCUUCGCCUUCACUGUCCCUCGGUGCUUGCAGUACGGCAUGCUUUCAGCUCAGGACACGUGCGAGAGCCUGCUGCAGCAGAGCAUGAAUUCAAGUGGGGAGGGGUCGACAAGGGCCGAAGUGGUGACUGCAACCAGCUGGACUGAGCUCUACCGUUCAAAUCCUGGCAUCAUCUGUCCCCGCACUAUCCCUGCCUCUAGUGCCACCAUUGCCAGUGGGGCCAGCACAAAGGUUUGUCUCAAGGCAGACUACGAGUCCAUCAAUGCUUACACUUGCAAGAUUGGCAGGCGUAAGGUGGUGUCUCCUUUGCUCACAUGCCCGGUUGUCAACAAGGGCGCCAAGUCAACGCCGGCCAGCACGACCGGCACCCCCCGUCAGCGUCACCGCCGCAGGCAGGCACACGCGCCUGACACGAGGCCUCAGGCGCACGUGGGCCCUGACGCGCCUCAGGCUGCUGACGCGCCUCAGGCCACUGACGCGCCUCAGGCCGCUGACGCGCCUCAGGCCCCUGAUGCGCCUGUGGCCUCGCCUGUCUUCACAUCGGCCCAACUGCAGCAUCUGUUGUCCCUGUUACAGUAG